AUGGACAUCAUGAACAAGACCCAAGUGAGAGUGUUUGUGUUUUCUGGACUCACUGACAACGGGAAACUCACCCCAUUCCUCUUCAUACUCUUCUCACUUGUCUACAUUGUGACUUUAGUGGGGAACAUCGGUUUGAUGGCCAUUGUCCAUAUCAGCUCCAACCUCCGAACUCCAAUGUACUUCUUCCUGAGCUACCUCUCCCUGGUGGAUGUUUUCUACUCCUCAGUUAUAACUCCUAAAAUGAUCUCCGACCUUUUCUCCACGAGGAAGGCCAUCACAUUUGUUGGGUGUGCCCUUCAGUUCUUCUUCUAUGCUGCCCUGGUAUGUACUGAAUGUAUACUUCUUGCAAACAUGGCAUAUGACAGGUAUGUUGCCAUCUGCCACCCUCUCCAUUAUGUCUCUAUAAUGACUAAGAACAUAACUAUGUAUUUGGUUGUCCUGGCUUUCUCCAUCAGCUUCAUGCAAUCAUCUGUGCAGAUCAGCUGUAUAUUCAGCCUCCAGUUCUGUGGAUCCAACCUUAUAGACCACUUCUACUGUGACCUCUCUCCACUGCUCCAGCUGUCCUGCUCUGAUACUUUCACCUGUGUCAUGGAAGCUGUUUGUAUUGUAGCUUCUUGUGCCUUGGUGCCAUUUCUAAUCAUCCUGAUCUCAUACAUCUUCAUCAUUACUUCCAUUCUACGGAUGAAGUCUGCUGAGGGCAGGCGGAAAGCAUUCAGCACCUGCUCCUCACAUCUCACGUGUGUCUCCAUCUUCUAUGUGACCAUUUUCUUCACUUACCUGCGCUCUCCCUCCAAAGUCGUAAAGACACAAGACAAGAUUGCUUCUGUAUUAUAUACAGUAAUGACUCCAAUGCUGAAUCCAUUUAUAUACAGUCUGAGGAACCAAGAGGUGAAAAGGGCCAUUAGGCGAGUACUGUAA